UUGUCGGAUUUCGUCGUCUACUGAUUUAAAACGCCAGACUCCAUAUCCUUCGUCCAUAGAAUUACAAGUUGCAGAAAUCAUCAACCAAACAAAGAAAUCAUGGCCGUGAACGGAACCCACCAGGAGUACAAUCAUUUGGAAGAGGUGAAACGAUUCGAUGAUGCCAAAAUCGGAGUUAAAGGCCUGCUUGACUCCGGCAUCACCUCCCUCCCCCGCAUGUUUGUCCACCCAACAGCAGCGCUAUCUGAUCUCAAAUCCGUUUCGAGAUCCGAAUCCCAAGUCAUACCCACCAUUGACCUUUCUGGAGUUCACUCCGACAGGAGGCCGGCGAUUGUUGAGCAGGUUUCACAAGCCUGUCGGAAACUUGGGUUUUUUCAGAUCGUGAAUCAUGGGGUACCGCUGGAAGUUAUGAACCGGACGAUUAGUGCGGUCAAGGCGUUCCAUGAGCUGCCGACGGAGGUCAAGAAGCAGUGGUACCGGAGGGAGGUGGGUACUGGAGUAUCCUUCAUGUCCAAUGUUGACUUGUAUAACGCUAAAGCUGCGAGCUGGAGGGAUACACUUCAGGUGAGGUUGGGCCCUGUCCUGGCAGAUGUUGAGCACAUCCCUGAAAUUUGUAAGAACGAGAUAAUUGAGUGGAAUCAGCAGGCUACACAAGUUGCAGAGACGUUGAUGGAGUUGCUGUGCGAAGGGCUGGGAUUGGACGCAGGAAGAUUAAAGGAGAUGACCUUUUUGGAAUCCAAGACACUUGCGGCUCAUUACUAUCCACCCUGCCCUCAGCCUGACCUCACCUUUGGAAUCACAUCGCACACCGACCCUGGGGUUUUGACAGUACUGCUUCGUGACCAUAUCGGAGGCUUGCAGGUCAAGUAUGGUGAACAAUGGCUUGAAAUUGAACCUGUCCCUGGAGCGAUUGUUAUUAACAUUGGGGAUAUACUUCAGAUCCUUUCCAAUGAUGAAUACAAAAGCGUAGACCAUAGAGUGUUGGCUAAUCCUUCAACCGAUCCACGAGUUUCCGUUGCAAUUUUCUUCAACGCUGGUAAGAGAGACUGCUUGUAUGGACCCUUUCCAGAGCUAGUGUCACCAGAAAAACCAGCUUGUUACAGGCAAUUUAUGCUCAAUGAUUUCAUGAGAAGGUUCUUCACAAAAGAUUUGGCAGAGAAGACUUUGGCAGAUUACUACAGGAUUUAAGUGAAAAGAAAGUAGAAACAUAGUACUAAUACGUUCAUGUAUUGUAAACCAGACUGCAAUAAAUAAAAAAUAAAGCUUGCUUGAUUUAGCUUAUGCA